ACUCAUUCAUACAAAUACAUUUUCUGACAUGAUACGGUGUUUUCGCUGUUUUCAGGUGGCUUGAUACGCUAGGAAAAGCGGCAUCCACCGGUGUAUCCGUUGUAACUAAACGCUCCUUCAGCGACAUGUUUGAUGAGAAAGAAAUCCCUACACCGGAAUACUGGAUUUCGCUUUUAUUCAAGAGGCUUGUGGGAAGACAAGUAUUGAACGUAUUCACUGAUGGGAAUGUUGAGUUUCGGAUAUACGGACAUUGCAGCUUUAAUACUCCCAGCGGACUUGUAGUGUAUUACAUAAACCUACAUGAGCGUGAUAUCGGCUGGCAACUGGCUCGCGUCAGGGGAGAGAACUACGAACUCUACAGUCUGACACCAGGAGAAGAUGGCAAGUUGUCCUCCAGAUCUGUUAAAUUGAAUGGGCAGAAACUGCGCAUGACUGGAGACAACCUUCCAAGUCUACAUCCGGUGAGGUCGCGAACAUGGCCAAUUAUUGUGCCAUCUUUGUCAUACGGGUUUUUGGUUUUACCCAACGUCAGUGUCCUAGCAUGUCAAUAA